UUGCAACAAAUAUUUCUGGAAUAACUGGAGGUCCUCAUGCAGAAAUAUGAGCCUUGCCUUCCUUUCGGCCGGAGCCGCCACCUUUCAGUAAUUCGCCAAAUGACGAACACAAAGGUAAAGAGGCGAGGUACCCGGUACAUGUUCUCCAGGCCUUUCAGAAAACAUGGAGUUGUUCCUUUGGCCACACACAGGCGCAUUUACAAGAAAGGUGACAUUGUGGACAUCAAGGGAAUGGGUACUGUUCAAAAAGGAAUGCCCCAUAAAUGUCCCCAUGGAAAAACUGGAAGAGUCCACAAUGUUACCCAGCAUGCUGUUGGCAUUGUUGUAAACAAACAAGUGAAGGGCAAGAUUCUUGCCAAGAGAAUAAAUGUGCGUAUUGAACACAUUAAGCACUGUAAGAGCCGAGAUAGCUUCUUGAAACGUGUGAAGGAAAAUGACCAGAAAAAGAAGGAAGCCAAAGAGAAGGGUACCUGGGUUCAACUAAAGCGUCAACCUGCUCCACCCAGAGAAGCCCACUUUGUCAGAACCAAUGGAAAGGAGCCUGAGUUGCUGGAACCCAUUCCUUAUGAAAUCAUGGCAUGAUAAAUGUAAGAUAAAUAAAUAAGACCUA